AUGGUUUUGCGUUUUCUUGCCAUCGGAGACUAUCAAAGACCAGUAGGAGAAGACCUUUUGCUCGGAGUUUGCCAAAGUGGAGUCAGUAAUAUACUCGAGGAACUUCUACCCAUUCUUGCGAGGCGCCUUGGGUCUAAGUACAUUAAGUGGCCGACAACACGUGAGGAGCGACAAGUUUACUUGGAUCUUACAGAUGGCACACAGAUUGGCAUAACCUCUCCAACUCAGGAGCAUCUAUACCUAAAUAGAAAAGGAUUUCACAGUAUCAAUGCUUCACUAAUAUGUGAUCAUGAACAGAAAUUUAUUUAUGUUGAUGCCCGGCACCCUGGAGCGACCCAUGAUGCAGCUAUUUGGGCUUUAUCUGAAGAACGAAAAUUUCUUUUCAACAUCAAUCGUACUCAACACGAAAGAUGUUUGAUCCUAGGUGACUCAGGUUAUCCGCUCGAACCAUGGUUGAUUACACCGUAUAGGAAUGCAAGAACGGAUGAGCAAAUAAGAUUUAACAGCAAUUUCUCAAAAAUAAGAACGAUCAUUGAAAAUUCAAUUGGCGUUUUGAAGAACCGCUGGAGGGUACUUUUGACUUCUGAAAGAACACUUAGAUACAGACCCAUAAAGAUGGCACGCAUAAUCAAUUGCUGUGUAGCUCUUCAUAAUUUUUGUAAACUAGAAAACAUUCCAGACAUCGAAGGUGAUUUCGUGAUUAGUUAUGACGAGGAAGAUGAUAUUUUUCAAGAAUAUGGUCAAUCGGCCCUCCGAGAAGAAGGAGAAUACAACAGGGAACUUCUAAAAAGAUACAUAAUGUAA